CUCUCGCUCUCUCUGUCUUUCCCUGCCGGCUGGGUGCUGAAGUUGGGCGGAUGGCAGCAAACCAGCUCCGCUAGGGACCAGCUGCACCAGCCUUUUUCCCCGGGAUCGUUCAGUGCCAAGCACACACCACCAGGCGGGGCCACAGGGGUGCUGAAGUAGCUGAGAUGAGAAAAAGGCAACAGUCCCAAAAUGAAGGAACAUCGGCUGUGUCUCAAGCUCCUGGAAACCAAAGGGCCAACAACACGUGUUGCUUCUGCUGGUGCUGUUGUUGCAGCUGUUCAUGCCUCACUGUUAGGAAUGAAGAUAGAGGGGACAGCACAGGAAGACCGACACACAUUAGCAAACUGGAGAGCAUCCAAGUCAUUGAAGAGUGCCAAAAUCCCACCGCUGAUGAAAUUCUAUCUUGGGCUCAGAAUUUUGACAAGAUGAUGAAAACACCAGCCGGUAGGAAUAUUUUCAGAGAAUUUCUUCGAACAGAGUAUAGCGAAGAGAACCUCCUAUUCUGGUUAGCGUGUGAAGACCUGAAAAAGGAACAGAACAAGGAUGUUAUUGAAGAAAAAGCCAGACUUAUAUAUGAAGAUUACAUCUCUAUACUAUCGCCAAAAGAGGUUAGCUUAGAUUCACGGGUGCGAGAAGUGAUCAACAGAAACUUGUUGGACCCCAACUCUCAUAUGUAUGAAGAUGCUCAACUUCAAAUCUACACAUUAAUGCACAGAGACUCUUUCCCUAGGUUUUUGAAUUCUCAGAUCUAUAAAUCUCUUCUCGAAAGUACAAGGAGCUCUACUUCUGAGACUUAAAAAUAAUUUGUGGGUUUGAAAUCUUGAUUUAGCUUUUGGGGAAAUGGGUGGGGUAAGGACUAUUAGGAUGAAGACAGACGUAAAAUUUUUAAAGCAACAGGGCUGCUCUGGAAGCACCUUCACUGCAUUUAGUCCAAAAUGUACCCUUCCCCUCCAGAGUCAAUCUCUGGGGGAAAAAAACCGGUCCUGCCCCUUGAAGCAGAAGCCGGCUGUGCAUGGUGCUGAUUUGUGAAGUCCCACCCCCCCAUGAUGUCACCAAGAAACCUCCCCUGCAAUAGCUGGAACCAUUUUGCACUUUAAGAGGAGUUUCCUUUUUAAAUGAAGAAGGCAGGAAAUGAACAGAUAAAUAGUCUAAUGUUCAUCCGUCUUUUUGUUUUGGGUGGACAGGGAGGGGUAGGGAAAGAGACAAGACUGGAAAGCGUGCCAGUUUUUUCAAUUCAUUGUUCUUCAUGGCUGCCAUUUUAACUGCCGAUUCUGAUGGGAAGAUGGGCUCAACCAGAGCUGAGGGAUGAACUGAAAGCUCUCUUUUUCUAUUACAUCUGUCUUCACCUUAGUAGUUCAAUAACACCCGGAACUGAGUUCCUGGAGAACUACAGUUUGGCAUGACUCUGGCUACCUGUGAAGCAAACAAAUACACACAAAGGUCUUUGUCUACAUUUAUCAAGGUCUAUCAUUCUUGAUUUUGGAAGGGAGGGAAAGUAGAUUUGCCAAAUCACACUUAUUCAAAUACUUUUACACCUGCAGUUAAGAUUACAAUGAUGUUCUUGUCGUUUUAAUGAAGAGUUUCCUUGUGUAUCCUCACACUGCAUGUGCAAAGCAAAACUGCUUCACUUUAUCACUUAGUUGUUGCAAUAUUUAAUCCAACAACAUAAAUUAUAUCUAUAUUUAAGAACAUUGUGUGCAAUAUGGUCUUAUGGUACACAUAUAGGGAUUAUUGGAGUGCACCAGAAAACAAUCUGACUUGGGUUUAGCAAUGUUAUUCCCCAUGUUCUGGGAAGAAAUAUCCAUUGCUAUAUAAGACAGACAACAUUUCUAUGUAAGAAAAAGAACAAGAAGUGAAUGUUAUUUAUCAUCAUUUAUUUAAAAUUCAAAACGGAGGAUUCCUCUGGUUAUUGACUGCCAGAAUUGUGGUACUUUCAUUACAGAAAUGUCAAAACUAACAGCAAACAUCAAAGCACAAGCUACAUGAAAUAAAUCAAAUGGAGAGACACAGUCUAUAAGCUGACAUUGUUUAUAAUUGUUAUAAAAACAGAUAAUCAAUGUACAUUUCAGAUGUCCGAUACUGUAAUGGAUUUAUUAAAGACUGGCUAUCCAGUUAUCUAAAAUUGUUGUGUAAUGUUAUGUAAUUCACAAAAGGAAAGAAACAAGCAAACAAACAAAAUCUUCCAUUCAUAGAAUCAAGUCUAGAAAAAUUUAUGGUUUUAAUUUAAAAGAUAAUUUUUGAAAAAUGCAUAAAUGUAGCAUUUUGGUCAGCAUUGGAGACUAGCAUUUGUCUAUACAUUUGCUUUUCUUAGAAGUUCUGUCCUGGGAAAAAGAAAAUUUACAUUUUUAAAGGAAAAGCUAAGAAAGAAUAUCUUCUGGCGUUCCUAAUUUGAAAGGGUUCAUUUAUGGGCCAGUAUUGUGGAGAUUUAAUAAAUAUUAAAUUCAAACCUUCUGGCCCAAAAAUAGUGGCAACAGUUGUUCUUUUUUUCUUUUUAAAAUAAACAUCUUUCUAAGCACUAGUAAAAAUGAAGACAGUAUGGGGUCCUCUGUUUACCUUGAGUUGAAUUUGCCAGGGUCAAUCUUUUGCACAAGCCAUUCUAUAAUGAAUGUGGAUUUAGCCAAGAGCUAUUUUUCUCUUGUGAAAUUCCCAUUUAUUUCAAAUGUGCAAUUGAAAAAUCCCUUGGAGAUCCUUUCCUUUGCUGCUAGUUCAGUUUUCUAAGUAGUUACCUGAAUAUUUUUUUUAAAAAUAAAAAUUCCUAAUUUCCUUAAGUGCUUGCUUGCAUCUUUAAAAAGACAUAGCAAAUUUCUAAACAAAACAACCAAAAAAAAAAAAAGAAACACCCUUGUCUUAGAACCUGUUCAUUUUAAUAUUCAGUCUUGAGAUUUUGUUUGGAGAAUUGUUAAGGUGCCACAAAACUGAUACAUAUUGAAGGUAUUAUUACGAAAUCUGGAUUUGAUGAUUGGGGACAUUCUAUAAACUGAUUCUUCUCCCUGAAGUUACGGUAACUUCUUGUUGCUCUCCAUGAUGAAGAUAUGGUGUUAUACAAAUAGAAUCAAGCUAUUUAAUGUUAGCUGUUUGUCUCAAGUUAUUCCCGAGUUCAUCUGCAUCUUAAUGUGGAUGCAUUCGCUAAGCAUGCCGAGUCUCAUUCAUUAAAGGGGAAAUUUUGCUGGAGGAAAGUUGUUAAUUCUGCCCUCUGAGGUUGCAGUGGCCAAAAGAACAUAAUGUAUAACUGACAUUAAGCACUGGAUUGUUCAUGCUAUUCCUAAACAUCUGUGCCCUCCCCUCCCACAUGCUUCCAUAAUACUGGAAUCUCUUGGUCAUCUAGUGUCUUUGAAAGCUAAAUUUUCCCAGCGUAAGUCCUUCAUUGCCAGUAAUUAUGCCAUUCAUUUAUUUUGGAAGGGACUCGA